CGUUUGUUUUGGAGAAGGGCGCGAUCCGGGAGUCUUCUUCAGCCCGGACAGAGGCGGUGUAACAAGGAGAGGACCGAGCGGAAAGUUUGGGCUGAAGCUGCUGCGUUCAGGUUGCGCCGCACCGAUCCGUUCCUUCUGUGGAACUGACAGGUUGAAGAGCAAAGCAAGUCCAGCAGGCGAGCAGGAGAGCAGGAGCAGCCGCUGCCUCUAUUUCCCACCACAUCUGAGCCGGCUUUCGACCUCCCCAGCCUGAGGUGUCUCUCUUCCUACUUCUCAUCCUCCUAGGAAAGAAUUCAAGAAGUGCAACAUGGCAAGAGGCUGCCUCUGCUGCUUGAAGUAUAUGAUGUUCAUCUUCAAUCUCAUCUUCUGGUUAUGUGGCUGCGGGCUGCUCGGCGUGGGCAUCUGGCUCUCUGUGUCUCAGGGCAGCUUCGCCACCUUCUCUCCCUCAUUCCCCUCGCUGUCGGCCGCCAACAUGGUCAUCGCCAUCGGCGCCAUCGUCAUGGUAACGGGCUUCCUUGGUUGCCUGGGCGCCAUCAAGGAGAACAAGUGCCUGCUUCUGAGUUUCUUCAUUGUCCUGCUGAUUAUUCUCCUGGCAGAGCUGAUAUUACUCAUCCUGUUCUUCGUGUACUCAGAUAAGGUGAGAGAGAACGCCAAGCAGGAUCUGAAGGACGGGCUGGCUCUCUACAACUCAGAAAACAACAUAGGCCUGCGAAAUGCCUGGAACAUCAUCCAGGCAGAGUGGAAGUGCUGCGGUGUGAUAGCGUACACCGAUUGGCACGAGGCCCUGAAGGAGAAGGUAGUUCCUGACCGCUGCUGCCAGGAGCACUACCAGAACUGUGGCCGGAACUCCACCAACAUGUUCUGGAACCGGGGCUGCUUCGAGAAAGUGGAGGAAUGGCUGGAUGACAACAAGCCCCUGCUGGGAACCAUAGGCAUGGUCAUCUUGGUAGUGCAGCUCCUGGGCAUGGCGUUCUCCAUGACUCUGUUCCACCACAUCCACAGAACGGGGAAGAAGUAUGACGCUUAGCUUUCGGGGGAGGCACCCAACGAGAGGAGCCCCACUGCCUGAUGGGAUAAGACUCUGAUUCACCCCUGCUCCCCCACCCCAACCCCUACAACCUUUUAGAGCAUCCUUUGCACCCCCCACCCUCCCCUUCCCAUGCCUUCUGUACAGAUUCCAGCUGUGUCCCCACUCUGCUCUGCUCUCUCUUUUCACCAUUCAUUUUGCCAAAGAGUAACACAACUGGAAGAGAAGGGACACCUACUUUUGGCAAGGAACAGAAUCCCAUUGGUCGUCACUCCUCUUGAGUACAUUUCUAUUCUAUUUCACUGUAUUUUUUUUGCUUGGACUAACAAUUUGCUGGAAGGAAGGAUGAACUCUGAGACAAUGAAGACUUUACUAAUGCCCACACACCCCACUCUGAGGUAAAGAGAACAUAUGAGACUGAUAGUUCCCUCCACCAGAUGUGGAGUUUAAUUUUAUUUUGUUUGUUUGUUUGUUUCCCUCAUGUUGAUUAAAGUCAAGCCCCCUUUUCACUUGUAAAUGAAAAAAGUUCCAACAUGGCAUGCUAGUUUUGUACUUUACUGAUUUACCUUUGUCGUCUAAAUGUCAAACGUCUUCAUUUUGUCUUGGGUUUUUGUAAGUGUGUCACAGACGCUCCUGUGGAAUGUAAGUGUUGAACAGAUCAGUGCACUGUGUGUGUGUGUGUGUGUGUUUGGGUGGGGGGAUUUGAUGUG